AUGAACGCUAUCAAAGCCGUCGGCGCGAGUGCCGACAAUGAGAACAAGAAGACAGUCAAUGGCGAGGGCACACAAGAAGCCACGUACCACCGCGACGACGAAUGCCGCCUGCUAGAUCUAGCACCAGAGCUACGGAACCGGAUUUAUCGCUACGUCCUCUGUGGGGACGGCAAGCUCUUCGUCACGAAAGACACGCGUGAGCCCGGCUUGCUUUCAGCCUGCCGACAAAUCCGACAAGAAGCCCGCAGCAUCUGGUUACUCGAGAAUGAGUUCCGGUUUUGGGUGCAAAAUCUGGACUUCUCCAUCAUGGCAGCAUUCUUCACACGCGAUAUGCAACGACUACUACUCACCCACAGGGCUCGCUGCGGGCAACAGUUUCGUUUCUCCAUCGGUAUGAGUGCGCUGUAUGACUGGCAGAAGCUGAUGGUCUGGUGCAAGGCUGUGUUCGAACACAGGGCCCCCGGCGUGUGCAUCAGUGCGGGACAGACGGGAUUCCGACUGGUCGUGGCGAACGCUCUGUCCAUGGCAGCCGCACAUGCGAAGAUCGAAGGUGCAACAUGGGCGACUUGUCUCAAUUCUCUACAAUUUGUACGCAAUAUGGCGGAGAACAUCGAUGCUCGUUGGCGCGAUGGAUAA